CUCUUAACUGUGCAGGACAGUUGAAAGGAGAAGAAGAAGGUGAAGAGUUGAUUAUUAUUAUUAUUAUUUGAAUCAAAAAAAGAAGAGGAGCGUGCAGUUCUCCUGGCCAGCGAUGGAGAACACAUGAAAAGAAAACAAAGGAAGAACUAAGAGGGGGAAAGAUGCUGUUGAGUAAAGUUAGCAAGCGUUUCUAGAGGGAAUUUUGAACCUUUGGACUUUUGGGGGAGGACCGAAGAAGACAACACCGAGGGAAAAGCUGAAAGCUGCACAUUGGACGGCGGGCCCUGUCAGCAGCAUGGCACCAGUCCUUCCGCCCCCCCGCCAUCUUUUCUUCCUCUUUUACCUCUCUUCCCUAAUUACCCAGCCCGGCGUCACUCAAGAUCCGUCUGUCACCACGGUGACGGUUACUGAAGACAGCCCCUUCGUCGUCCCUUCCGCACUAGUCAACAAGACAACUCCCACCUAUCUGGAGACCACCCAAAACCCCCUUCAAGACACGGGCCUGUCCACUCCCUCCAGUGGAGGCGAUGCGGACGACGAGGACGGGCCCCCUGUUGGCGGCACGCGUUGCCAGGGUUACUACGACGUGAUGGGCCAGUGGGACCCGCCCUUCAACUGCAACGCCGGUGUCUUUUUGUACUGCUGCGGUACCUGCUUCUAUCGCUUCUGCUGCCAGUUCCGCCAGCAGCGGCUGGACCAGCGCAUCUGCUCCAACUACGACACGCCCAUCUGGGCCAACACCGGCAAGCCCGUGGCCGCCAUCACAGAGGGCCAGGAGGACCAGGAGCGUGACCGCACACACCUCAUUGUCUACAUCAUCUGCGGCGUGGUGGCCAUCAUGGUGCUGGUGGGCAUUUUCACCAAACUGGGCCUGGAGAAAAGUCGCGGAGGAGGCGCAGCGGCCAUCGCCGCCGCACACGCUGACCUCAACUCCAGGACACUGACUGACCUGCUGAAGCAACAGGGAGGAGAACUGAGCCCGGUGGAGAACGCCGUGACCAGUUCGCCCAGCGGAGGCAGAGCCAACGGCGUCUCGUCCAGGAUGCAGCGCAGCAGGAGCGAGCAGUACCAUCUAAAUAACUCAGCUCGUGGCGCAUUAGGACAAGGCCUGCCUCACUCUCACAGCAACCACGGCACAGUAGGACUCAACAAGUACACCUCUCUCAAAGCCGUGGCGGAGAGUGCAUCUCACAGUUACUACAAGAGCUUCCCACUCAUGGACUUUGCCCACUAUCGGGCGCCCGCCUUUCAGCCAGUGCCAGUGCAGCCCAAAGAGAAGUCAUACAUCCACCAGCACCUUCCAUCGCAAUCCAACCUCCACGCUCCCCUUUCCAUCUCCAUCCCCUCCAACCAUCUGCAACACUCCCACCUACCAAAGACCACCACGCACCCACUGCUCUCCAGCUCGGCCUUUAAAGCCUGGGAGCCGGUCGGUCGGCACGUCCAAAGGCAGAGCUCUGCCCCGGGGUCCGGGCCCACGCACGCCUCCCACUGGAGACACGGCUACUCCACCCAUCGGCAACAGAGCAUCGACAACAUGCCGAAUCUUUUUAGCCAGCCCUGUGGAGGGAUGUAUGCAGGAGGCGGAGCAGGAGGUGUGGUAGGGCAUGGGAUGCAUUACCACAUGGAUCACCCUUCUCAACCAACCUACUACCAACAGGCUACGACCAGGCAAAAGAACUACGCCACACACAGUUCGACAGAAGUGACAGUCUGAGCGAUGCGGCUAACUGGGAGUGGCCUGCCACGGCUUAACAUUCUGAAAGCUGGUGCUAGGGAAAACACCAGAGUUUGGGAUUGGUAGCCCGAGAGUUUCAGUCACACUACACAAGAAAGGUGAAAAGGGAACAGAAAGAAUUUAGGAGUCAACAAUAUACAGCAGAUGGUAGCGAGAGAAGAGUAACUUUAGAAACCAACAAGCAUAUUGUGCUUUGUAGAAAUUGUGUAGACCAGCUGGAAAGAAAUGUAGCAAGGUUACUUGAAAACCACUCAGGCUCCUUCCAAUCACCAUCACCCAUCCUCUGACUUAAACAACUUCAGAUCCAGCACUAUAAUAUGCUCUCCGACUCUCAGUCUUGGGGAUCUUAACAUACAUUAGCCCAGAGACAGAGCAGGGAUAGAGCUUUGCUUUAUUUGUGAUAAGAUUUUCUGGGGAUUGACAGAAAGAAAAAAAAAUAGCAUUUGCUUCUUAAAUGACGGAUUACAUCAACUUUUUACACCUUUCUUCAAACCCUGAGCCUAACCACACUCUGGAAAUAGGCCACUAUCCUUUAUGAUCUUGUUAGAAUACAAUCAACAGUACGUAACACACUUUUGCAGAUGCUUUGCAGAGCCUACUGUCCUUGAAAAAAAAACAAAUACAGUACUUUGUAUCUCAUUGUCUACCUCUAUGCACAGCUGGCUUCCCUGUGUACCUUUUGCUUGGCUCUCAAACUCUCCCAUCAUAGCUCCACUAUGUAGUGUUUUGCUUUUGGUGCCAUCAGGCCAAGCAUACAGGGACAGCAGCCCCGGGGCGGCAUUAACUCAACGGUGAGGACAAUGCCACCAUCACGUCAACUCCCAUCAAGCUUCAUCGAAAACCAUGGAGGGGGAGAGGAGGAAAGGGAGCUCGUAAGAGCCGGAGGCUAGGACCCUUUGGAAAAGAGGAGAAAGCGAGAGGAGAGAAGGGAAAAUAGAAAACACACUCUAUGUUUUCCUUCCUUAGGGGAAUGAAAGGCAACGAGUCACUGUGAAUCUGAGUUUCUCACUACUGAAUUGUCUGGGUCAUAACUUGGAGUGUGUGGACCUGUGAGGACACUCAUGUUAUUUUUCAGCCUUCAGGCACUAUUGCAGAGAAAUAAGUGUGGGCAUUUUCAAGCCUGGAGCUUCAAACACCACUGAAGCCUGCAUAGCAAAAGACACCAUGCAGAUCCACAGGCUGCUGCGGACAAGCAACAGUUAAUCUUAUUUGUUGGUGAAGAUCAGGAACUGCACAGAGAGGUGUUUACAAAUGUUGUAGGGAUAUGGAAAUGUGCAAACAAAGUGAGGGUUUCGUGACAUUUACAGCGGAAUAAAACACAUCUGAAAACUGAAAUAAGAAUCAAACCUCUGACCAAUCACCUUACUUUUGCAGCUAAACAGCCUGCCUAUAUUUACAAAAAAACAAAUCUGCAUCCAAAGCUGAAUCAGACUUUUGUGAUGAUACUGUCAUACACCUGACAUGCAACAAGCACUCACAAGAUUUCGUGGUGCCAUAUGGAGCUCAUUGGCAGACAAUUAUUCCCAGGAGGUAUCACAGGAUUUGUGUUGAGGAAACACAUUUAGAAUAGGUCAAAGGAGACAUGGAAGUAAGAUCAAGUAUUUCGAGACUUCCUCGAGUAAAUCUUGACUUCUUAUAUUAUGUAAAUGUGCCAAAUUUACACACAAAAAAAACAAAAAAAAACAAUGCACAACACUUGUUCACCUCUUGCUUUUAAUUUGAGUUUCUCGUGUAAGGAUCCUUUGGUUUUGAUAGAAUUGUUUGAUAUGCAAUGGCUAAUACAGUUUAUGAAAUGAGAACUAUGUUACGCAUCUACAAUCCUGCAUUUUGUUCUUCCAAUUACUGCUUUAAUAUACAUUGUUGUCUUUUUUUUUUUUUUUUUUUAAAACAUUUUUUGGGAUUCGUGUAAUGUUUUGUGAAUGUCUCUUUCCUUUGUAAAACUCAAUGUGAAGCUUUGUACAUUUUGUACACAAUUAGUUGGAAAAGGGCUUUAUGUAGUACUUAUUUCUAAAGAUUGAUGAUAGAUGUCAGAGUCAAACAGAAUUGAUUAUAUUGUAUAGUAACAUGAAAUACGACACACAAAGAGCUCUGGCAUAAAUGUGUGCUUUACUUAAUGUGCAAAUGAGGUGGUUAUAGUAGGCCUUUGGUACUGUAUGUCACAUGAUUCCAGUGUAUUUUACAUUGCAGUGCCACAAUUUAAAUAUGGCCCUAGAAAAACAACCACAGUGGACAGGUUUUUUUUGUUUUUUAGUAUUAGAACCUGAAGUAGUGACAAGCGGCCAAUGUAUUCAAGGAAAAUGUGUGCAUUAUGGAAAUGGGAGUAAAGCCCCCCAGUUUAAGUGUAAUAUUUGUAGCAUCUCAAACUCUACUGUAACUUAAAUAGCUACAGCAAGUAUGGAAAUAUGAUACAGGUAGCAGCUUGAUUAGAACAAUUGUAACCAACUAAAUCUACUAUGUACUGGUGAGCUCUAAUGUAGCAAAACCAAGUAAUAUGUUUUCAAGAAAAAAUAAAGCAGCAGUAGCAGCACUGUUCUUUGCAGAAACUGUACAGUAACCGAUCCCAACUUUUUAAAAGAGAUUAAUUAAAUAUUGAAAAACCACUCUGAAGUUUGUGUACAUUUAUCAAAUAUAUGCUGGGUCUUUCUGAAAAGUUCAACAAGCAGUUC